CGAUUGAUUGAAGAGAUGACGCUAGCUAUGAUUUGGGUGACGGAAGGAGAGGCAAGAGCAUGAAGAUGGGAAGUUAAAUGAAGGUCGAAGAACCAUCAUCAUUAGCGUCUCAUAAACAAGAAUUUUCCAAGAAAAUUGUUCAAGUUGCGUCAACAAUGAAAGGCAAUGGGAUGCAACUUAUGAAAUGUGAUUGGUGUGGCGACUCAAGCCAUACUAUGGAGGAGUGUAAGUCUAUGAUUGAUGCCUCACCACAAUUUGAGCAAACCAACUUUGUUGGAGGUCAAUGUAUGAUAAAACAAUGGUUUAAUCGUAGCUCAACCGUUUCAUACCGCUAAAUACCGCCUACCGAUUUAACCUACGAUAAGACAUAUUAAAAAAAAAAUUCAGAAGUCAAAAUCCGCUACAAACAAACAAAGCAAGGAGAAAGAAUGUCCAUUGGGCAUUGUCUUAAGCAUUGUUGUACAAGGAGAAAAUAAAUACAAAGAAUGUCCAGCAUUUAUUUGUUGAGAGUAUCGAUUUUCCAAAUUACCCCUGCGUUCUCAUCAUUGCCCCCAAGUGAUCGAAAGCCCGAUAUCGUCAUUUACGCUGUUGUUAUUUUUCUAUUGUUUUCCUCUCAUUGAAGAACAGUUCUCCAUCCUCAUUUCUUCCCCCUCCUCUCGAAGCUCGAUCUACCCAACCAAAAUCUUCGGGAGAAAGGAAGCGAAUAGUCUCCGGCCGUCGUCUUCUCCGUUGGCAGCCGCUCAAGCAAAUCACAGUCGAGGUAACAUCACACUUCACUUCCCUCAAUUUCAGCUGAUACGAUCCGAGGCGACUAGCGUUCGGCUCUGGUUGUCGGAGUUUGCUGGAUUUGUUUAAUUCUGCUUAUCUGAAUUUCUCUCCUCCGUGAUUGUUUGCUUCGGUUAAGUGUUUUUCGGUAACUGCAUAGGAAGUUCGGGAUCAGUGUUUUUCUUCUGUUCGAUUCCGGAGAGAAUCGAGAGUAGUGGGGUACAUACAUCUGAUGGUGCUUUGCCCUGGUUAAUAAUUGGUUAAUGAGCUGAUUGUACUCUCGUUUGAGUCGGAAUUGCUUUCUUCUCCUUACUCUGCUACAAUUAGGGAUUUCAGCUGGGUUUUCUGCAUUGGAAUUAUCGAUUAAUAGGCUGGUUGAAGUUUGAUGUUGACAUAGUUUGUUUGUUGCAAUGCAUUAAUGUGAAAUGUGAGCCAGAUGAAAGAGACUAGGGAAGGUCGGGGCGAUAGGACUACGAAGCCUUCGACGGCUGGCUCUUCUCCUCUCAUCCUUGAUAUAGAGGACUUUAAGGGAGAUUUCUCAUUCGAUGCAUUGUUUGGGAGCAUGGUCAAUGAUUUACUCCCAGCAUUUCAACAAGAUGAUGCGGAUUCUGCAGAAGGACAUGGCCACGUUGGUGGGACUGAUGGCAUGCCCAAUGGGCAUGUAAGAGCCCCAUCUGAUGCGACAAAGUUCGCACAAGUGGUAUCUUCCCCUUUAUUCCCUGAAGUAGAUGCUCUCUUAUCUCUGUUCAGGGAUUCUUGCAAGGAGUUGAUUGACCUCCGAAAGCAGAUUGAUGGAAAGCUGAACAAUCUGAAAAAGGACGUCACCGUCCAGGACACAAAGCACAGGAAGACACUUGCUGAGCUCGAGAAAGGUGUGGAUGGCCUGUUCAGCAGCUUUGCUAGGUUGGAUUCACGCAUUUCUAGCGUUGGACAAACUGCUGCCAAAAUUGGAGAUCAUUUGCAAAGUGCUGAUGCCCAGAGAGAAACUGCCAGUCAGACAAUAGAACUCAUAAAGUACCUGAUGGAGUUCAACAGCAGCCCAGGCGACUUAAUGGAACUGUCACCUUUAUUUUCAGAUGACAGCCGUGUUGCAGAGGCAGCAUCAAUUGCUCAGAAAUUGAGGUCAUUUGCUGAAGAAGACAUUGGAAGGCAAGGCAUUUCUGUAUCAUCUGUUGUGGGGAACGCCACAGCUAGCCGGGGUUUGGAAGUUGCAGUAGCUAAUCUUCAGGAUUACUGUAAUGAACUUGAGAAUAGACUGCUGUCCCGGUUUGAUGCUGCAUCACAAAGAAGGGAAUUGUCUACGAUGGCAGAAUGUGCCAAAAUAUUGUCUCAGUUUAACAGAGGCACCAGUGCCAUGCAACAUUAUGUUGCGACCCGUCCAAUGUUCAUCGAUGUGGAAGUGAUGAAUGCUGACACCAGAUUGGUGUUGGGCGAUCAAGGUUCACAAGUUAGUCCUAGCAAUGUUGCCCGCGGCCUUUCUUCCUUGUACAAAGAAAUCACAGAUACGGUCCGGAAAGAAGCAGCAACAAUUAUGGCUGUAUUCCCUUCUCCUAAUGAAGUCAUGUCAAUUUUGGUUCAGAGAGUUUUGGAGCAACGAGUUACUGCUCUUCUAGACAAAUUACUUGUGAAACCAUCUCUUGUGAACUUACCUUCUAUAAAGGAUGGUGGACUUUUGCUAUAUCUUAGAAUGCUAGCAGUGGCAUAUGAAAAGACACAGGAGCUGGCUAGAGACCUGCGUGCUGUUGGAUGUGGUGACUUGGAUGUGGAGGGUUUGACGGAGUCUCUGUUUUCUGCUCACAAGGAUGAGUAUCCUGAACAUGAGAGUGCAUCGCUUAAGCAACUUUAUCAAGCAAAGAUGGAGGAAUUGCGUGCUGAGGGCCAGGUAUCUGAGGGAAGUGGGACUAUUGGACGUUCAAAAGGAGCUUCGGUAGCAUCGUCACACCAGCAGAUAUCUGUCACUGUUGUGACAGAAUUUGUUAGGUGGAAUGAGGAAGCAAUAUCAAGAUGCACAUUGUUUUCGUCCCAGCCAGCAACACUUGCUGCUAAUGUAAAAGGAGUGUUCACAUGCUUGCUAGAUGAGGUCAGCCAAUAUAUAACAGAAGGGCUUGAACGUGCUAGAGAUGGCUUGACAGAAGCUGCAGCUUUGAGGGAAAGGUUUGUGCUGGGCACAAGUGUUAGUAGGAGGGUGGCUGCUGCAGCUGCAUCCGCUGCAGAAGCUGCUGCAGCUGCUGGCGAGAGCAGUUUCAGAUCCUUUAUGGUUGCUGUUCAACGUUGUGGCAGCAGUGUUGCCAUAGUUCAGCAAUAUUUCGCAAAUUCUAUAUCCCGGCUCUUGCUACCUGUGGAUGUUGCUCAUGCUUCUUCAUGCGAAGAAAUGGCAACAGCUAUGUCGAGUGCAGAGGGUGCUGCUUACAAAGGGCUUCAGCAAUGUAUAGAAACAGUUAUGGCAGAGGUUGAGCGAUUGCUUUCGGCUGAACAAAAGGCAACUGAUUACCGGUCACCUGAUGAUGGUAUUAUUCCUGAUCAUCGUCCAACAACUGCAUGCACGAGGUAUGUAAAAUGGAAUAAACUAGGAACUCCUCUUUGGCAUGAAAACAACAGUAUACGAAGAUACUGAAUUCAAUUAUCUUGUCACAUAAUUCAAAUCCUCAAUUAGUUGAGAAGUUAGCAUCUCUAAUCCCCAUGAACUAUGGUUCCUUGUAACAGUUCAGUGUAAGAUCUCAAUAUGAUAAAAGUUCAUGUCUUCAACUUUUAGUCUGGUGGCGUAUCCAUUGGCACAAAUUUGCAUUUUUUAUACGAUCUUGUUUUAGAGUAACAUUUAUCCUUCAGGUUCUCCUGUCAAAUCUCAUGGGAGAUUCCUGCAGGUUCUUAGUGUAUUGUUAUAAAAAUAAAAAAAUUCACCCUUAACCCUGCUAAAAGGUCCCAAUGGUGACCUUGGAGUGGAGGGUGUUCCUCGUAUAAAAAAGAAAAGGAAGGUCCCAACAGGAUUUGUGGCAUUUCUUGAUGUAGAUCUGUUCUGAUGAUUUCAUUGGUGCCUAACAAUCCCGUUUUCUAUAUUUUGCCUCAACUGUAUUCUUUUCUUUUGAAUCAAAUUGCACCUCCAGUUUUCUUCCUCUUUCGUUUUCUGUUGAUGUACCCUUUCACCCAGGUCACUCGUACAUUAUCAGUCUCUUGUUAACUUAAGAAUCUUCUCAUUAAUUUUUUACGAAAAGAAGAGUCCCGCCAAAUAGGAAAUGUCUUUUCAGCUUAGUAGUAUUUUGAUGAUAUACUCCUUUUCCUUGCAGAGUGGUGGCGUACCUUUCACGUGUCCUUGAGUCUGCUUUCACUGCAUUGGAAGGCCUUAACAAGCAAGCUUUCUUAACUGAAUUGGUAAGGCCCAUUUCAUCUUUGGAGAUGUAUUUGAAAAUAUUUUUUGAUUCUGCAAGUGUUAGUAAAGAAUAACUACAUCUUCAUUGGUUUCGGGGAGGAGGAGCACGGUGAUAGACAUGGAGCUUGGUAUUAUUUCCAUUUUGGGUGCAAUCAUAUAUGCUUUGGUGCCAUGCCGUUACUGCUAAAUAUCUGACAUCAGAAUUAGUGCCUAGAUAUUUCACUCCUCAUAUUAUACUUCAAAUGUGUAUCUCUGAAUUGCGAACCAUAAUUUCGUAAUGUGAACUCCAUGGGUAUGGUAUUCCAUAAGCAAUAGCUUCGACGGUUAAUAGUGGCUUCAAUUACAGUCUCAAGAUUUGUGCGUCUUGUUUGCAUAUUUGUGUCCUCUUAAACUUUAGGCUUCAACUUGACUUUUUGAUAUAAAUGCCCUUGGAGGAAAUGAGUAAAAUGUGUAUCAUACCUGUAAUUCGGGUUCAUAUAAUUUCAGCAGAGGGUCUUGAGAUAUUCUUGUCAGAAGAGGAAAGGGAACUGAUGUUAUUGAUGCAGCCUUACCGUCCUCUCUUGGUCAAUUUUUCUGUAUCAUUUGAAGAGAAAACAUCUGUUGACAAUGGUAUUGUUUAUUCUUGCAGGGGAAUCGCUUACACAAAGGACUGGUUACUCAUUGGCAGAAGUUCACUUUCAAUCCCAGGUACUGCGGCCAGAUCUUUUGAGAUUAGCCAUGUAAUUGAACUUGCACCUCAAAUGCGCGACAUUGUCAACCCACAAAAAUAUUUUCCUGAGACACUUUCAUGGUACCCCAAAUAACAUCGGUCCAAAUGCUCACAACCAAAAAUCUCGUGGUCAUAUUGUUUUUAAGUAUAAGUAUUGUAUUAAUGUUAUUGAAUGCUAUCCAUCAAGAUGUUGGGAAAAUAUAUUAUACCACAUUUUGAACUUUAGCAACAGCAGGAGUCUUGUAAGGUUUUCUGGGUUUUUUUAAAACUUAGGGGGUCGUGUAGGAUAGGGGAGGGGUUCUGGUUGGUGCUGUCCGCUAUGUUGUGUUUUCACAGCUCGCGUCAAUUUUCAAAUAAACAUCAUAUAUUGUCCUGAAGAAUGUGGCAAGUCUGUUCUUCUGGGCUCUGGUGAGGUUGAACUAGUUGAUCACAGUUCUUCAUUGGGUUUUACUUCUUUUACUGUGGUCUUUUAUCACAGUACUGGUUCCAACUCCAGCUUAAUAUAGCUUUAUUUUGUGGUCACCAUUAAAGAAAUGUACCUGAAAAUCUCACACCAAACAUCACAAUCCUCGUGACCUUUCUGUUACAAACGUUUUCCCUCCACUUUGUUCACUGAACCUGAUGGCAUCACCCAUCUGACUGCAUUUUGCAGUGGAGGCCUGCGGCUGAAACGUGAUAUAACAGAGUACGGAGAAUUUGUCCGCAGCUUCAACGCUCCUACCGUUGACGAAAAGUUUGAAUUGUUGGGCAUGUGAGUUGCUUCUUUACAUUGCAAUGGUGUUUCGGAUUCCAUUCCAAAGCUUUUAUUUUGCUGCAGUUCAUUGUUCUGAUAUUUCCUUCUCUCUUUUUAUUUCUUUCCAGAAUGGCCAAUGUAUUUAUUGUGGCUCCUGAAAGUCUCUCUUCUUUGUUCGAGGGUACUCCCAGUAUCCGGAAAGACGCACAAAGGUACCAGUACAGUUAUAUGUUCUAAUUGUUAGUGUUGUGGUAUAUGAUCCACGAUUGAACCUCUCCCAACAACUCGAGUUAUUGGGAGCAACUGGUUCUUGACACUAAUUACUACUUGUCGUGGUUACUGUUUAGUCAAUUAUAUCACAUAUCAAAUAAGGCAGCUUUAGUGUAUAUAUACUCACAACGCUCUCCUCGGCCUACAUGAACUGGAUUUCCCUACAGGUUUAUCCAGCUCAGGGAUGACUACAAGAGUGCAAAACUUGCAUCCAAACUCAGCUCCUUGUUUGCAAGCUCUGGUUGAUCAGAACCUGUAUUCCAGCAUCUGCAACUACGGGAGCUACUUUUAUCUCGAGCAUUUGACGUGGGUACUGGUGGAAAAUAUUGCCUGAAGUCGGUCCUUGCAGAAUGUGCGAACGCCAAACUUAACAGACGAAGAGCUGUUUUCGAAGCUGACUAGAUUGCGUGUGUGGUCGGACUAGAGUUAUGAUUGCCCGUUAGAGAUCAAGUAUUUCCUGAUUUGAGGUCUGUAAAUUGUUCAAACUAGUGGAGGUAAUAGAUUUUAAUCUCUCAAGGCUUGAUUUUGUUCUAGGCAAAGCGGCUUGCAGUUUUGCUUUCACCUCGGAAUGGGUUUUCCAUGUAUCUUUUGUAAAUGACUGAUAAUUAGGAGCCUGAGUAGACACAAAGUUUGCGCAUUGCUAAAAAGUGUCCGUUUUUGCUGUUUUAGAUCGGUGCUCGAUACGUGUGUGUUUGAGUUGGAAGUUAGUCGAAUGUUAAUUCUACUAGGGCUCUGGCUCUGGGUAUUUGUUGGAUUUGUUCCUUCUCAAACCUCGUACUGGAAGCUAUUUACUAUGGCAUUUUGCUCGAAAAAGGAAGUCCGACUACUGCGAGGAAACUGGUUUGGGAGUUUGGCUACCGUGCCAAAGAAAGAAACCAGCAAUGGCAAUGGAUGAGGAACAAGGACAUUGUGCCCAGAGCGAUUUACUGGGUAAAUGCCACAUUUGGUCAAUUAGAUUACUAAAUUAUGUCAUGUUUAGUCGCUAGAAAAAUUUAAUAUCAAUUUUGGUCACUCGAAUUAUUGGAACAUGUCAUAUUUAGUCAAAAUAAAAAAAAUGGAUGGCUGGAAAGUGAUACGAGAGAGAGAAAAAUAAAAUAGAAUAAAAUCA